GGGGCGCCUCCAGGAUGAGCCUGCUGUCCGCCAUCGACACCAGCGCCGCCGCCUCGGUCUACCAGCCCGCCCAGCUCCUCAACUGGGUCUACCUGUCCCUGCAAGACACCCACCAGCAGGCCAGCGCCUUCGACGCCUUCCGCCCGGAGCCGCCCGCCGCCCCGCACCCGGAGCUCGCCUACCCGCCGGGCAAGAGCGCGCCGGCCGAGCUCGGCUCCUCCCUCAACUCCAGCUAUCUCAACAGCUUCUUCCAGCUCCAGAGGAACGAGGCCCUGAGCAGCAGCCUGUAUAAGAGUGCCUCUCCUUAUGGCUCCCUUAAUAACAUCGUCGAUGGCUUGAGCUCCCUCACGGAACAUUUCUCCGACAUAUCCCUCUCAUCGGAAGCGAGAAAGCCCAGCAAGAGACCACCGCCCAACUACCUGUGCCAUCUUUGCUUUAACAAAGGACACUACAUCAAGGACUGCCCCCAGACCUGUUUGGGAAUCCAGCCCGCCAGCCCACGUGAGGACUGUGCCACCACCGUUCAGCAAGUCUUCAUCAACUUUAAUUCCUGUCGAAAGAGGCCGCCUGCCACGCUGUCCAUCUGCUGCCGUCGAGGAUAG